GAAAAAAAAGCGUAGGAGCAGAGAAGAAGAAGAAGCAAGAAUGAUGAGGCCCGAGAUUGUAUUGUUCGGAGACUCAAUCACCCAACAAUCCUUCCGACCAGGUGGCUGGGGCGCCGCUCUAGCUGAUUCUUACUCCCGCAAGGUCUCUCUCUCUUUCUAACUGUUAAUGCAAAUCAGGAAAUGUUGGUAAUUUUUGGUGAUGGUGUUUGAUAGGCCGAUGUAAAAGUUCGUGGGUAUGGCGGGUACAACACGAGAUGGGCACUGUUCUUGCUGCAGCACCUCUUUCCUUUGGUAAAUUCUUAUGCUGCAUCCUCUGCAAUUGUUUACUGUAUCGUCUUCAAAGGAUUCUAAGAAACCUCCUGCUGCUGCCACAAUUUUCUUUGGGGCCAAUGACGCAGCUGUUUUAGGCAGAACAGGUGAACGGCAACAUGUUCCCGUUGAAGAGUACAAGGAGAAUCUCAGAAAAAUUGUUCUUCAUCUCAAGGAGUGUUCUCCCACCAUUUUGAUUGUGCUUAUUACUCCACCACCUGUUGACGAGGAUGGCCGUAAUGAAUUUGCGCAAUCUUUAUAUGGUAAGGAUGCUAGUGGACUUCCAGAAAGGACGAAUGAAGUGACAGGAGUUUAUGCGAAGAAGUGCAUUGAGCUAGCUGAGGAAAUGGGUCUACGCUCCAUCAAUCUUUGGUCCGCAAUGCAGGAAACGGAGGGUUGGCAGAAGAAAUUUCUAAGUGACGGGUUGCACCUAACACCAGAAGGCAAUGCUGUUGUCCACCAAGAAGUCGUCAAAGUUUUCAGUGAAGCAUGGCUUUCUGCCGCGGAAAUGCCUUAUGAUUUCCCUCACCACUCAGAAAUUGAUGGGAAGAACCCUGAGAAAGCUUUCCAGCAACGAUGCAUAUAACAUCAACUCUUCGAUUGCUUCAAGUUUUACAACUUUUCACAAGCAAAUGCUAUAUUGGCAUUCACCCCGAAGCACAUUGCUUCUUCUGAAGAUGUGACAUAGAGAAGUGUCAUUAUUUUUUUCGCCAUUUGCUUGAUUAGUAUGUACAACAAAACUCCCUAUGGGAAACUUGAAAUCUUUCCAUAUCUUGUUCAUUCAAAAUUGUAAGAGUGAAAUCUUUCCAUAUAUUGGGGAAUCCGAACAGAGGCCCUCGGGUCAAGGUAAAUGCUCUUAGGGAAAUAGUUUCAAACUUCAAUUUUCUCCCCUGUACUA